UGUGAAGAACAAGCUGCUCCGCCCGUGGAUACCUGGGUACUGCAAACCCUGGGACUGAAAGAUAUCAACACCAUUGAUGAGUCUUUAUCAGCUAACUACAGUGCCCUGUCCUCUGAACUUGGAAAGAGCCCGUACUGCCAGAGCCAUGGGGAGGCAAUGGACUAUUGUAAUGAUGAGGACCCAAUAGCUGCUUAUGGCUGUGAUCAGAUGACUCUUAUAAACUGCACUGCCGCUCCUGGGAAGCAGGCUUCACCCUACAUCCAGCCACUUUCUUCAGCACCAUGUGCUUCCUUGACGCUGCCCAGCGGUGCCCCUUUCCCACCUUAUGGAUCGCCUUACUUCGCCAACGAUGUGUCACCAAACAAAACCGACAUGGCCUUUACAACCUCCCUGAGCCCCCACCGCAAUGUCAAAACACAUACCUUCCACCAGGGCCAGGUCUUCGUGCGCCGAGAGGAGGAUGGAGGCUGGAAAUUCACUUGGGUCCCCAAGCAAUCAGAGUGACUGCCCCUUGCCCCCACUUCUGAGCACUGCCAUCAGUGACAUGUUUACAAACACAACUGCAGAAGCCUUUCUUGCACUUGAGAUUGAUGCUGAGAACAGAAGCAACAUCCCCUACAGGCUGUUAUCUCAUGCUGUGUGGAAUGCUACAUUAUAUCAUCCACCCAUUCACCUCUGCACGCUCCUAAUUCUUGCAGGAACAGCUCCAGAUUCCAUUUGGAAAUGUAUCCGCACAGGGCCAAAUGUACAAACUAGCCUUCCAUUCAGUUCAGCUCUCUCCACAUCUGUGAGACCAUCUACCACCACUUAUUCACAACCCUUCUGCCUUGUUGUACCUUCCUGGCUGAAAUGUACCCAACCAUUCCUGUUUGUGACAUUCUGGUGACCACUCCUACCUGGACUGGGAAGCCAGGAGCUGGAGCAAAGUUUUUGGGAGGACUGUUAAAGAACAGAGUCUCUGCCACAGCCCUUUUGUUCUGCAUCCUAGCAACCACAGACAGAGAAUAAAGGCUGGUUCUGUGGCUGUUAGAUCAGUGAUGUUCUGGAGAGUGGAACCCCCAGUGGCUGUGUAAAUUGCAUAGGAAGAAAGCAAUUGUUGAUCUGUUGUCCUUUAAUGUAAUGCUUGGUUGGUUUACAUACAGUCAAUUAUGGCUGUUGUUUUUGGAUGCGUCCUCAAAAUGAUCAGGAUUUGCUCCUAUUACCUUCAGGUUGCCUUGUAAGUUACAAGCAACAUGGCAAAUCUAAUGGGUCUUCUGCGCUAACCAAGCAUUAACCGCAUGAUGCUUUUCAAAGCUAAUUCCAUGGUGAGACAGCUGUACGUGUUAGCACUAUCUCUGGAAAUACAGAUAAUGAGUCAAGCCCUCAGCAGCUGUCGAUUGGUGUAAUUCCACUGACAUCAUCAACGGAGGAUCCGGUCCAGUAUAUUAGCAGGAGAAGCUUUAUAUAGUGUGUAAAAAUAUUUAUUUGGUGCCUUACUAGCCACCACGAAAGAUACAUUCUCUUCCACUCACAAUAUUCUCUUGGCCCUGCCAUUGGUUCACGUGCUGCCUAGUACUGAGUCACUUCCAGGGACACUCCUUGGGCUGUCUUCAAUAUUGUGCUGUGGGCUAGUGGAAAUGCUUAUUCAUGCGAGCAGCCCUUAUCACACUAAGCUUCUGCUGCAUUCAGAGGGCUACUCUGGACAGUAAAAGCCCCUCUUCUGAAGUUUGGCAGUUGCUUUCCAUUCCAGAAAAUGACAUGUAGAGUGUUCGAUUCUGGUUUCUUUUGAUGAUGUAUGGGGAUUCAACUUUACACAAGAGCAACACUGGCCCAAAUAUUUGUUUACAGAAAUUGCUCUUGGUAAUUACAGAAUUGGGCUUUUCUAGUACCCUUACUAUGGGGAAUGUAUCCCUCGAUUAAGGGGUAGUAUCAUUGAGUGAUUAAAGCAGUUGAUUGCGAACCACACUUUCUAUGUCCCGUUCCAGGUUCUACCACUCACAUAUCUCCCAGGGUUGUGAGGCUAAACACAUCAUGUCUGGAAAGCGCUUUAAAAUCCUUGGAUUCAAGGUGCUAUUCAACUGCACAGCACUUUUAUUAAACUAACAACAACAUGAAGUCAACUUACAUGAAGUAAACUUACCAACCACGUGUUUUAUGUAACCCUUAUUUGUUAAUUUACCCCCCUUUGUCUUUUUGAUACUUAAAUAUUGGUAGCAUUGAAAACCAAGGGACCAGUCUGGCAAUCCUUACUCUCAUUAGUUGUCCUAUUGACCUCACUGUGACUUGGCCAUCUGUGAAUAAAGGUCCUCCAGUUACUUAUUUUAACAUAAAAUUUAGAUACAACUUUAUUCUAUAUUGAUGAGGAUUAAAAUCCAUUUUCAUCCAAAAUAUUCUCUUGUGCCUUAAAAUCUCAGUAUUUGAGCUUCUGAUUCAGGAGCUAAACUAAUUCCUCCCAUGAUACUUAAAUCAACAAGCAAAUCUCUAUUUGUUCGUAACUUAUUGUAAAAUAAUAAGGCAUCACCCGUUUAAAUGCUUGCAUUGGAGGGAACACAGGUUAAUUAAUGUUUAACCCGGUGCAUUAAUGCGCACGAAUUAAACUCCAGCAGUUUGAUGCUAUUUCCAUUGAAGCCAAUGGAGGUUUUGCCAACUUCAGCAAGAGCAGGAGCCAGGCUACUGUUGGUCUGUAGCAAUGUAAUUUGCUGCUUAGGGAUAUUUUAAAUGAAAGCAGAAAAGUUGUUCCUCGUAAAAAUAUCUCCUCCUUUUUUUCCCUUUAAUAAGCAAGACAUUAGCCAGCUCUAGCCCAGACUGUAUAGGAUGGUGUUGAAGAAAAGUACAGAUUGGGUGAUGUUUUGUACAGUUGUUAAAGUUAUUGUUGUACAGAGUGUAGACAAUUCACUGCUUAAUUCCCUUUCCUUAACGUGA